UAAAUGUCCAAUUUUUACAUGAUAUUUCUUGGGACCUGAUCAUAGAGUUAGAAUAAUGUCUAAGUACUUCAUCAAUGGGUUCAAAUUUCAUACAAAAGAAUGGUCCAAAGGCAAGAAAACCAAUAAUAGUGGGGUGUGGGUGAAAGGUGAGGGGGAUAUUGAUUAUUAUGGUGUGCUUCAAUAGAUUAUAGAACUCGAGUAUGUUGUUGGUUUGCCAAAGAAAAAGCUAGUAUAUCUAGGUGUGCUUCGAGCUGUCAUAUCAGUAAAAAGGGCAGCUCUUCAUCUCUGCUUCCAUCAUCGACUCAAGCUGUAUCUCCAGCAUCAUCGACACCUAGUAUAUCUAGGUCAAAUAUUGGAGGCCCUGUACCAGCAUCACCAUAUGUGAUCAAUAGUAGUACUACUACACCUGCUUGUGCAAAGACUCAAUAUGCUGGAGAUAUUAGAGAAUAUGAUGCUUUUCAUAGGCUAAUUAUCACCCCCGAUGAGGAUGGGUUUGCGCCAUCAUAUCUUGGCUCGCGCAUGGUUGCAGAAUCUAUUACACCAUUCUUCGAUGAUGCUUGGGGUAGAUGGAAAGAAUCUCCCUACAAUAGCAAAGAACAAAUAUGGAAUCAAUUUAAGACGAAGUGUGUAUGGCAGCCAUGUUAUGAGAAUAAAAUAAAUUCUAUUUUUGAGAAGAAUGCUCGUAUACGAGUUACUGAAAUGUUGUUUGUAGCUCAAAAAUAAUGAGAAGCCCAGUUGGCUACGAGCAGACAUAUGGGUUAAAUUUUUGGAGAAAUGGAACACUCCUAAAUCUAAGGGGAAGUGUGAGCGAGCAAAGGCAGCUCGGGCCUCUGUAAAGGGUGGCACUUUACACACCGGAGGUUCUAUGAGUUACACAACCCACAAACGAAAAAUGACAAAGUUAAAAGGUGCAAAAGUGUCUAGUUCUAAGGUAUUUGAGGAGACGCAUAAGAAAAGAAAUAAGGAUGGUACAAGGGGAGAAUGGAUAGAGCCACGUGCAGAGGAGACAUUUAGAGGCUUGGAUGAAUGGCGUCAGGCACAUCCUACUUUAGAUGCGGAUGCAACAUCAUCUAGUGAUAUUACAUCAAUAUGGACAAAUGUGGCAGGAGGUGUUAAGAAAGGUAGAGUUUACGGGCUUGGAGCACAACCUUCCUCGUUUCAUCCAUCAUCAUUGUUGUCUGGUGCUUCUACUUCUCAAUCUUCGAAAGAAAUGGAAGCAAUGCGAAGACAAAUUUCAGAGCUUACAGAACGACUUCAAUCAUCUGAAUCUAACUUUGCUAAAGUGCAGAAAUUCAUGGAGAAACAUAUGGCUGAAUCUGAUGAAAGUGAAGGGAUCGACUCUGAUGAAGAGUAGAUUGUUUUAAGGUUGUUUAGACAUUUUCUAUGAGAUUUAGACGUGUUUUGAACUAUUUACUUCCUUUUUGAAUAACAACUUAAUACUUAUUAGAUUUGAUUUUGAUGAUGCUUGAGCUGUUAAACUCAAUUGAAUUGAAUUGAAUGCAAUUUGAAUGUUUAGGAAUGUAUUCGAUGUUUGAUUUUA